UCACAGAACUCAAAGACACUUUGCAUUAGUUAAAAACAAUGACAGUAUAUUAAAAUACAUCAACAUCAUUCACACGUUAAAAGUCGUUUGAAAACUUUUGAUGAGUCACUUCAACUGAGAGAAAGUACAGUGGUAAAUAUGAACUCUCCUCUGAUUGGAGGAUCGGAGUCGCGCUCACUUCGGCCAAUCACAGUGCAGCUGCUGUAGCUAUAUAAUGCAGUUGAUGCGGCGUUAUUGUUAUAUUUCUCUCUUUGAAAGCGAAGAAAAUAAAACAAAAUGUCAGGUCGUGGAGGAAAAACUGGAAAGGUCAAGGCCAAGGCGAAGAGCCGCUCAUCUCGUGCCGGACUUCAGUUCCCUGUCGGCCGUGUCCACAGGCUCCUGAGGAAGGGGAACUACGCUCAGCGGGUCGGUGCCGGAGCUCCGGUGUACCUGGCGGCGGUGCUGGAGUAUCUGACCGCUGAGAUCCUGGAGCUGGCUGGGAACGCUGCCCGCGACAACAAGAAGACCAGGAUCAUCCCCCGUCACCUGCAGCUGGCCGUCCGCAACGACGAGGAGCUCAACAAGCUGCUGGGCGGAGUCACCAUCGCUCAGGGCGGCGUGCUGCCCAACAUCCAGGCUGUGCUGCUGCCCAAGAAGACCGAGAAGCAGAGCAAGAAGUAAACACACAAACAAACAAACGGCUCUUUUAAGAGCCACACACACUGAACUAAAGACUCUGAUCCUGUUUUACUGUCUGUGUGAUGUUACAGUGUUUAUGAAGUGGUUAAACAGUGAAACACAUCUGAGCCUGCUGACAGUCGUUAUCACCAAACAUCAACACUUAGGAAACAUUUUCUUAAUAUUGGCUACACAAAGCAUGACAGAACACAAGAUAAUGACUACAGAGCAAAAUUAAGAUGAAGACUAGUUUACUGUCACGCACAAUAAAAGUUCUGGUUUACACCAUGUAAUGAGAUCCUUAAUGGCUGCCUUUCACACAAAACUAUAAUAAAAAUUAGCAAUAAUGUAAA